AUGGAGCAUUCUGAAGGUAUUUGCAGUACCCUUCCUCGAACAAAAAUGAAAGGGAUUUCUGUAAAGUAUGAUACUGUUCUUGCCAAGGUAGAGGAGGGCAGUUGCUACAUUGAUGAUGACCAUGAGCUGAAUCAGAAGAAACUUAUUUCACACCAGCAUAGAUCUAUUUGUUUGUCUGACCUUGUUCUCUUAAUUCACACUGUCUUUCAAGCUGUUAGCUUUCGUUCAAUCACAAAGGAAGAACUUGUUCACAAGAUUAUUCUGAACAACUGUGAUAUUGAUGACAGCAUCGAGGUCAUGAUGCAAAUAGAGCAACUGGAGAAACUGGUUCCAGACUGGUUUUAUGAGAAGCUUGCUCCUUGUGGAGACCAGUUGUACAAGUUAGCAUUUCUUCCUUUUUUGCAGUCAUAUGUUGGCUAUAAGGGUGGGCCAGUGGGCUCCCAUCAAGCUUUUCUUGUUGCUGUAAUCUUUAGGUGGAUCUAUGAGAUAAUAAUUGGGAUAGGAAAAGGCUUGACCAGUGUGAAAAUUCUGCUGUUUACUUAG